UCAACGCUCGCUGGUGUACCAGCAGUAAAAAUGGAGAGUGACACCACAAUAAGGAGAAUAAAACCCUACGGUACUCAGAAUAAUGUUUCUAAGCAAGAUAAUAAUGCCCUGGAACAGUGUGGAAACAACGGUUGUGGUGAAGCGAAAAAGAAGCCUGAAGUCAGUUUGUACUUGCUGAACGAAGGAAUCGGAGUAGUUUUUGUUGCUGUGUUCCUUGCUUUGCUGUGGGUACUGGUUCAUUUGUCCCUGCAGCAGCUAGUCAUAGGGAAAUCCACCGGCGAGUUCAAUGCAAUAAGGGCAAGAAAGCACCUAGAGAAGAUCACCGGUGUUGGUCCCAGGCCCGUAGGCAGUGUGGAGAACGAGGUGCUGACAGUGAACUACCUGCUGGAACAGAUCCAGCACAUCCAGGCAGAGGCUACCAAAGGCCCACACUCCAUCUCCGUGGACGUGCAGCGGCCAACCGGCUCCUUCAGCAUCGACUUCCUGGGCGGCUUCACCAGUUACUAUGACAAGGUCACCAACGUCGCCGUCAAGCUGGAACCCAAGGCUGGGGCCGAACAUCUCAUGCUGGCUAACUGUCAUUUUGACACCGUGGCUAACAGUCCAGGAGCGAGUGACGACGCGGUCAGCUGUGCCGUCAUGCUGGAGGUGCUCCACUCCCUCGCCAACCUGUCCUCGCCCCUGCGACACGGAGUCCUCUUCCUCUUCAACGGGGCCGAGGAGAACGUCCUGCAGGCCAGCCACGGGUUCAUCACGCAGCACCCGUGGGCAUCACACGUCCGGGCCUUCAUCAACCUGGAGGCGGCUGGCGUCGGGGGCAAGGAGGUGGUGUUUCAGACAGGACCUGAAAACCCCUGGUUAGUCCAGGCCUACGUGCAUGCAGCCAAACACCCCUUUGCCUCUGUGGUUGGCCAGGAGGUCUUCCAGAGUGGAGUGAUCCCAUCGGACACAGAUUUCAGAAUCUACAGGGACUUCGGGAAUAUCCCAGGCAUUGAUUUGGCCUUCAUUGAAAACGGAUUCAUCUACCACACAAAGUAUGACACGCCAGAUCGGAUCCUAACCGAUUCCAUUCAGAGAGCCGGUGACAAUAUCCUGGCUGUCCUCAAGCACCUUGCCAUGUCAGAAAAGCUGGCUGAUUCCUCGGAGUAUCGCCAUGGCAAUAUGGUGUUUUUCGACUUGCUGGGCGUCUUUGUGGUGGCCUACCCUGCUCGUGUCGGCACCAUUAUCAACUGCAUGGCAACCAUGGCAACCUUUUUCUUCUUGGGAAAGAAAUGCACUCUGCCUAUCAAUGGGGGGGUGCGGUAUGUGCGAGAGCUGGCCUGUGCAGCCGGAGUGGUGGUCAUCAGCUGGCUGGUCACCCUGCUGUCUGUGCUCAUCGUGGCUGUGCUGGUGUCCCUCUUGGGGAGGUCUAUGUUCUGGUACAACCACUUCUACAUGUCAGUAUGUCUCUAUGGUGCUGCUGCCACCGGCAAGAUGGUCCUCAUCCAUACCCUGGCUAAGAAUCUCUACUAUGGGGGGGUGCGAAGGCUGGAGCUGGGAGACCUCUUCUUCGAUGUGAGUCUGCUGCUGUGGUGCUGCGCCCUGGUCUACCUCACCCAGCAGGGCCUGUGCUCGGCCUAUGUGCCCCUGCUGAUGGUGGCCUUCCCCCUGGCCACCAAACUGCUGCUGAGCCGCGAGUUCAAGCAGAGAGGUGCGACGGUCCUGUACACAGUGCUGUACCUGCUGGGCCUGGCCUUGCCCUACGUCCACUUCAUCUUCCUCAUCUGGGUGGUGUUUGAGAUCUUCACCCCCAUCCUGGGCCGCAGCGGCACCGAGAUCCCCCCCGACCUGGUGCUGGCUUCCCUCGUCACUAUGGGCACCAUCUUCCUCUCCUCCUUCUUUCUCCACUUCAUCUACCUGGCCAAGAGCACCAAGUGGAUUCUGACAGGCCUGGGCACCAUCUUUACCAUGGCCCUCAUCCUGGUCUCUUGUGGCCUGUUCUUCCCCUACACCGCUGACCCAGCCAGCCCGCGGCCCAAGCGCGUUUUCCUGCAGCACACCACGCGGACGUUCCACGGUCUGGACGGGCAGGUGGAGAGGAGGGACUCGGGCCUGUGGAUCAACAGCUUCGAUUACACAGGGAUGCGCUACAUCAGCCCCCACGUGCCGGAAAUCAACGAUACCAUCCGGACCAAGUGCCAGGAAGACCUGCCGUUCUGCGGUUUCCCCUGGUUCCUGCCUGUGAAGUUCCUGGUCAAGAAAAACUGGUACCUUCCCGUUCCGGAGGUGUCACCAAAGUCACCAAUAGAGUUCAAGCUACUUUCAAAACAAGAGACAGACUGGGGGACGACAAAGCUAACGUUUGAAGUGAAAGGUCCCAGUCACAUGUCGCUCUACCUCAUGCCCCACCCUGGAGCGCUGCUGUCCCGCUGGUCCUUCGGGGACGGCACACCCAAGUUUGACCUCAGCGGGGAGUACUUCAUAUUCUACUCCCACGGCCUGGAGUCUCCUCCCUGGAAGUUCUGGUUCGAAAUUCAGCCUCCAAAAACUCCAGACCCUUCAGGACCUGAGGGGAUGAUCUCAGUGGCCAUCGCAUCCCACUACUUUUUUGGAGAGGAUCAGAAGACCCCUCAGCUGAAUGAGAUGCUCCAGAGGUUCCCCAAGUGGGCCUUCCCCUCGUCCUGGGUCAGCACCUACCACAUGUACCGAUACUGAUACCUCCUCUCCCUGCCCCCUGCACUCCCAUGCAGAUGUGGUGUGCUGGCUGGCCUUCAGAGACCCCCUCUGUCACUGUGUCAAUAGGCUAGCAACAAUGGAGCCACUUCAAAGCCAAGCCAGAACCAAGCCUAAUUAUCUAUGACUAACCUACUGACAGCGUCACGUUCGACCCGUUUUGCGUUCUUUUUUCUCACAUCCUGAUGAUUGCCUCCGGGGUGCUGCUGCAUGUCACCCUUUGUUCAUCUCAAAGUCAGAGUGCGCUAGGUUCAAGAGCGGUCAUUUACCUCUGCUCUUUUUCUUUUGCGUUGCGGUUUUGAUUAAAAAAGUGUAAUACUAGUCCUAAGCUUCUGUAGCAGCACCCAGGGUUUCUGCUGUUUCCAUUCUGCCAGAUGGCAGUACUUCAGUGCUUUAUUUGUAGCAACAGGCCUGAGCACGAUGCCUGAACAGUUGUCGCUACAUUGCAAGAUCUUUUAAUGUUUCUUUAAAAGAAUUUAUAAUGAUGGUUUUCAUGGAAAUGUAAAAACAAAAGAAAAAAAAGCAAUGCAAUCCAAUUUUUAUUUUUAUUAUCUUUUUUAAUGAAUGUGGUUUGUAAAUAUUGAACUCUAUACUAUGAAGUUAUAACAAAAGCCUGAGGCUGACAGACAGUAUAUUUCUUUUUUGUGGAGCAUAAUCGUAUGGUUGGGCAGAGGGGGCUUUUAACAGUUAGGUUUGCUGAGGUGCUUGUUUGUAAAGUCUAUUGAAGAUGACUGUAAUUGAGGAACUGGUUAUAAUUUUAAAUUUGUAUAGGUUUUAUAUUGUUUUAUAUCAAGUAUGUACAUCCAUUUUUGAGCAUUCCAGAUCACCUUCUGUAAGCCUAGAAUGCUACUUCACUCCUGCACCUGAAGAUCCAGUCCAACUAGCCGAUUCAGCUUUCCACGAGAACUCUGAUUACAUACACACUGACAGAUUCAGCUGUCCACGAGAACUCUGAUUACAUACACACUGGCAGAUUGAGCUUUUCAACUCAAUUGUGUAGCGAUUUCCGAGUUGUUGACACUUCAUAGUCCGUUCACUUUAAAUAUAUUUUCACUUACCGUUUCAUUGUCCAUUUGCUUUAACCCAAAGCACUUACAUUUACCAUAACAUAGUCAUUUAAGUCUGCUUUUAAGAUGUUAAAUUUCAUUCUCUCAUCAGAAAGUUGGAAGUUCAUAUCAAAUUUAUUCCAGCAAAUUUGUUACAUGAUAUGGACCUGAAAAAAUGGUUUCGUAAUUUUUUUAUCGGAAUUAAUUUAUCUCUUGAAAAUUAUUAUUCACAGGUAUUGGCAUCACAGACUACUUUGCCAAUUCAGUUAAGUUUUAGGAUUGGAACUUGAUGUAGAAUCAUCUGCUGUGAUUGGUUUGGAUGAUGCAUCCAAUGAUAUCUGAAUGAGGUCAACAAUAUUGUGCAUAUUUCAUAAGCGUGUCAACAGGGAGUGUUGAUUGAAGUUGGUUUAUUUUAGAUGGGUCCUCUAAACCAUGCAAAUGUAAGAAAUGGAAAUGUUUAGGGUGGCCCCUCCUCCUUGCCUCUGGUAGAGUGGCCAAACGGCAUGUCCUCACCAUGCAUGUUUUUCUACAUCAUUCCUGGAGCAUUUAAAGGAUAAAAUAGCUUUAAUGGUUUGGGUUUCUUCCUGUACUGCAGUGGAGUUGUGUGACUCGGCCGCAGCAAUCAGACUCUUGGCUAACGGGAUGCUCAGUAGAAUCAGAAUGUUCAAUAAUGCACAUUAGUACUUGAUAUACGUUCUAAAAUUCAUAAAGUGGUUUUGUUUCUUUUGGAAGACUACUACAAAUAGCCCAAGUUAAGGAGGAUUCGGGGUAAUCAAUGGGCUGUGAUACAGGGUUGAUUUUAGUUGGUAGUGCUAGCCAUUUAAUAUGUAUGAAAAUACAUGAAUAUACUUUAUAAAGUUCUCACCACCCUCUGCUGCUGGGAAAUGAUUACGGUUGAAAAAUGUUUUUUUUUGAGGCAGCUGUAGAGUAUUGCCUAUGAGAGUUUCUGGUAUUGAGUAUAUGAGUGGGGUUUUGAAUUGGCUCAGGAGAGCACGAAGUCCACUAUGUUCUGGAAGUUUCAUUAUUUUGCAUAUUUUUUUCCAUUCCUCUCGGUGGGGAAUGGGUGUGCCUCUGGUGUUCUGGAGUGUGAGUGUGAGUGUGAGUGUGAGUGUGUAUGCAUACAUGCACUCAUGUCUAUGAUCCACAGAUGGGUCAGGUGUUAACAGGUAAAGUUUGGUGGGCUCUAGAUGGGUGAAUUCUGGCCGAGGGAGAGGAUUCUCUCUGGAAGCCGACGUGGCUGAGAUUUGGGAGAUAGAACUGCAGUGGGCUCAGGCCAAUACUCACCCCUCUGUCCCACCUCCCCAGUGGGGCAGCUCAGUUGAUUGAUACCAGGACGGUACAAAUCUGAUACUAUAUGGUGUUGAGGAAUUUGGAAUAGAUCAGAGUUUUAAGAAGCGCACCACUUUAAUUUGCACUUGACUAGUCCAUGCGCUCGAAGGCCCAUUAAUCUAUGGACCUUUAACAGCAUGUUUGAGUCAAACACCCGCUCCGUUGGUUACUGAAACGUCUUCCUCCUCUUGUGGCGGAGUGACCACUCUGUGUUAUACUUCACUGUGAACUGAAUUCAGUCAUAAUUAUGUGCACAUAACAUAAACGUUACAGGUAUUUGCUUCCAAGCAAAUCUCAGUCCACGCCCCACUCUUUAUGUGGGAAAAUGUCCUGUUGAAUAGUUUUAUUUCCACCUCGAGUAAUGUACUGUACGGCAGGUUUGCAGUACAAAAUGGCUGCCAUUAUUCCUUAUUUUAAGAAUUGUAACCAUGGUAUCUAAACUAUGCAACUGACCUCUUUUGUUUUGACCUCUUUGUAAGGUGGAUGCAGUAAUACUGAUAUGUAAUAGUGGCAACAUGGUGAUACAGUACGACAGGAAAAGUGUAAAUAUGUGAGAUAUUGUUUGCCACUUUUUGGGAGUACAAGUGAGUACAUUUCACACCUUUCACUUAAUUCAGCAGCAUAUGCAUUUGGGAUGACAGGUGGAUGGAAAAAUACUUCCCUUUAGAGAGGAAUUGCAAAAAAAUAUAUAUAUAUGCUACAAGUCACAUUAAGCCUUGCUUUUAUCUAGCAGUGUGUUUCAUUGGCUUGCUAGCUAAGCUAUGAAUACUGUAGUAGCAAUAGCAAUAUCUUAAUAUGAACAUGGAGUUUGGUCUUCCUGCGACUAGAAGGUUUAAAGGGGUUUAAAGGUUAAGGUUAUCUGACAGAUAUCCAUAGACCUGUUGUUAGAAAAAAUAUUUUCAUAAAUGCCAGUAUGGGUUAACUUGUCCUCUGGCUACAUUUACUUAUAAAUACAUGUAAUUAUGGUGAGAACAAAUACUGGAGUGUACAGCAACAUUUUGUAAAUGAUAUUAUAGAACCAAGUUUAAAUCUCUAUUUUUUGUCAUAUCCAUUGCUGCACUUGCAAUGAAACACCCAUCCUACUUUUGUAAGUAUGCAUGUGUAGGGUAAAAACACAAGAAAACAAAGACACAAUUGUUUGGCACAUAAGAUAUCACCUGUAUGCUUUAGCAUAGCUGCACAAUAUAAAGAAACAAAGGGGGUCUCGCUGCUUAGAUGUUUUGCAUAAAUAUUAAUAUCUAUUAAUAUCUCUCUUAGUCAAUAGAACCUUCCCCAGCUAAAAAAUAAAAACCUAGUAGAAGCUUGAAGUAAUCACCAGGAGUGCUGUUCAUAAAUACCUAACUUAAUCACAUGUAUGAAUGAAUAAUACCUUUUAAUAUUGUUUUCCUUGAUUUGUUUGGCCAAUUCAAUCUGCAGGAGUUUAAGUGCUCUCGUUUCAGUGUCAGUAAUUACACCGAAACAACAUACAGUAUGUAAUAAUGGUGUUACUAGAAAGAAUGCAUUGGCUGCAAGUGUUGGAACAGACGCAAGCAGGUUACGUAAUUAAAGACAUUUCCUUCAUUAUGCAAACACCACGUAAAUGAAGGAAGAAUGACCAGUUGAUUUAAAUGUGUGGGCUUUGAAGUAGGACUCUGCAGUAGACUGUGGAUGAUUGUAAAAUGUGGAUUGGGCGUUUGGUGGGAGAUUGUAUUACCACUUUCAGGUCUUAAUGCGAAAUGUGAAAUUGAUUUACCCUUGUGGGCACUUCUAUAAAUCAGUUUAUGUAUUUUAGUGAAAUUGGGAGGUUCUGCACGUCUGCAGUGUGGUGUCGGCUAGUCUUGUUAAUCAGCCUCAGUCCCUAUUUUAAAAGGGUCCUUAAAUUCCUGUCAGUAAAAAGGGUAAUUCUGUCUUUUACUUACUAAUAUUUCUCACCAAAUGUGGCUCAUUUCAUUAUCAAUCAUGUCAGUGUUGAAGAGGUCACUUAAACAUCCAUUUAAAUGAAAAUCGGUGUUUUCCCACCACCAGGCCUUUCCUGGCAUACUCCAAUGAAUAAAAAAUAAAUAAAUGAAUGUUCAAAUCCUUACACACAAUUUUUUAUCUGGAUAUUUUAAUCAGACUGUAUUGGGCUUCAUUACAUAAAUACUGUAUUGGUGAUUAAUGAAGCCUCUGAUUUUACAGGAAGUCAAAAAUCUAACGACUUUGAAUUAUAUUAGAAACGCCGAAGGCUGUGUCUUAAUCUAUAGAUUUCUUUCGAUUUACAGUUGCAUAUGGUUUCCACAUGUUCAGGUUGUGUUCCAAUGUGCAAUGCCUUUCUUCCACCUUUUCAGUCAAACACUUGUGCCCUUAUUUAUUGUACUCACUGUCUUAGUGUCGUUUGCAACAUCAAAUAAAAUUCAGUUUUGUAAGAGAGAUUUAAAAUAA